AUGGUCAAACCCCUCGCCUUCAAAGGCGACAAGAAACCCGCCAAGAAACGCAAACGCGAUCCCGAUGCCGCCGACUCCGCACCCUCCAAAUCCCUCGCAACCUCCGGACCCGCAGACGACGACGAAAACUGGGUUUCAGCAGACACAGUUGACGACAUAUCAGGGCCCGUCAUGCUAGUCCUGCCAAGUGAGAAGGUCAGCUGCGUGGCCGUGGAUCAGUUCGGGAAGGUAUUUACGAGUGAGGUGGAGAAUAUGGUGGAGGGACAGCCGAGUACGAGUGAGCCGCACGAUGUGAGGCAGGUCUGGGUUAGUCAGAGGAUUGUGGGGACGGGGGAGGGGUUUACGUUGAAGGGGCAUCAUGGGAGGUAUCUUGGCUGCGACCAAUACGGCUUCCUCUCCGCGCAGCGCGAAGCAGUCUCCCCCGAGGAAACCUUCAAAAUCACCCCAUCACCCACCGAAACCGGCCUCUUCAACAUCUCCAACACCCGCACCGACAAGACCCGCUUCAUCGCCGUAUCCUCCUCCGACAAAACACCCACCGAGAUCCGAGGCGACGCGGACGAACCGGAUGAGAGCACAGCGAUCCGCAUCAGAAUGCAGGCGCGCUUCAAGCCGAAACACAAAGUCGAGAAGGCAGAGAAGGUCCGGGCGAAGAUUAGUAGGAAGGAGCUGGAGGAUGAAGUGGGUAGGAGGUUGGAGGAUGAGGAGGUGAGGAAGUUGAAGAAGGCGCGCAGGGAGGGGGAUUAUCAUGAGGUUGUGUUGGAUGUUAAGGUUAAGGGGAAGCAUGAUAAGUUUGCUUGA